CAGACCCAGGGUGUGGCGCCAGGCUGUCUGCCUGUGGAUUUCAUUUCUGCCUUUUAGUUUUUACUUCUUUCUUUGGAGGCAGAAAUUGGGCAUAAAACAGUAUGGGGGUGGUCUUCUCCUUUAACAGCACAAAUGCUUAAUUAACUUUUCUUUUGAGACAGGGUCUGUUGCCCAGGCUGGAGUGCAGAGGUGCAGGUAUAGCUCAGUGCAGCCUGGACCACCUGGGCUCAAUCAUUCCUGCCACCUCAGCCUCCCAAAAUUUGGGAUUAUAAGCGCGCGCCACUGUGCGGGGUCAGGACUCCUCCCUGAGAGCCCAGGAGAUGGAGCUGGGCUUUCCCUUCCGAAGAGCCGCAGGGGAUCGCUCUUUUUACCAUGUUGGAACCUGGGAAACUACAGUACCCAGAAAGCUCUGCGUCAAAUGACAGCACGGCAGAGCCAGUGAGAGCUCAGAUUGAAGGCGCUUCCGUAUGCGCACGUACGGUAGAGGCGGGACUCCUGGCGCCCUUUAGUAGCGGCCAUUUCGAUUGGCUUUAGGUGUGUUUGUGGAAUGAGAGGCCUGGGAUCGCUGUGGAGGGACGGUUGUGGUGAAUGGAUCCAGAAGGUCCAGAGUCUCUGCACAGACUUAACUCUGCAGCUCUUUAGGGCGCCCGCGGCUCUCAACCCAGCUUACCCCACGUGGUCCCAUGGCGGCCCCCGCUCUGAGGUUCCCGGUUCAGGUAAUUGUGACGCCUUCCGUGCUCUCCGGUCACCUCGUAGUCACACAAGUCCUAAAGCAGCGAGGGAGCGGCAUCUGCUCACGGCUCUGCAACCCGGACCUGGCGUCGGGACACUGAGACGCUCUCGGAAGGGAUCCCUGUUUCAGACACCGGUGGGAUGCGGUGGGGAGAACGACAGGGCACAGUGACUUUUGAAGACGUGGCUGUGAACUUUACCCAGGAGGAAUGGAAUCUCCUUAGUGAGGCUCAGAGAUGCCUGUACCGUGAUGUGAUGCUGGAGAACCUGGCACUUAUAUCCUCCCUGGGUUGUUGGUGUGGAGUGGAAGAUGAGGAGGGACCUUCUAAGCAGAGUAUAUAUAAACAAAGAGAGACUCAGAUCAGGAUUCCUAUGGCAGGUGUGUCUCUCAAGAAGGCCCACCCCUGUGAGAUGUGCGGCCCUAUCUUAGGAGACAUUCUGCACAUGGGAGAUCAUCAGGGAACACAUCCCAAGCAGAAACUGCACAGCUGUGAGGCCUGGGGGAACAAAUUGUAUGACAGUGGAAACUUUCAUCAACACCACAAUGAGUACAUUGGAGAGAAACCCUACAGAGGCAGUGUUAAGGAAGCAUCGUUUGUGAAGAGGUGUAAGUUCCAUGUGUCAGAGGAGUCAUCUGUCUUCAGUCAGAGUGGGAAAGACUUUUUGCCCAGGUCAGGAUUACUCCAGAAAGAGGCCACUCACACUGGGGAGAAGUCAAACAGAAAAACUGAGUGUGUGUCUCCCUUUCAUGGGGGAAAGACUCAUUACAGCUGUGGAGGAUGCAUGAAACAUUUUAGCACCAAACAUAUACUCAGUCAGCACCAGAGACUGCUCCCUAGAGAAGAAUGUUAUGUGUGGUGUGAAUAUGGGAAAUCCUUUAGCAAAUACAAUAGCUUCAGUAAUCAUCAAGGAGUUCAUGCUAGAGAAAAACCUUAUACAUGUGGGAUAUGUGGGAAAUUAUUUAACAGUAAGUCCCACCUCCUUGUUCACCAGAGAAUUCACACUGGAGAGAAGCCGUAUGAAUGUGAGGUUUGUCGGAAAUUUUUUAGGCACAAGUACCACCUCAUUGCACACCAGAGAGUUCACACUGGAGAAAGGCCAUAUGAAUGCAGUGAUUGUGGGAAGUCAUUUACCCACAGCUCUACAUUCCAUGUUCAUAAGAGAGUUCACACUGGUCAGAAGCCUUAUGAGUGCAGUGAAUGUGGGAAAUCUUUUGCUGAAAGCUCCAGUCUCACUAAACACAGGAGAGUUCACACUGGAGAAAAGCCUUAUGGGUGUAGUGAAUGUGAAAAAAAAUUUAGGCAAAUCUCUUCACUUCGUCAUCAUCAGAGAGUUCACAAAAGAAAGGCCUUAUGAGUGCAGUAAGUCCAGUCUCAGUAAAUACAGGAGAGCACACACCUGAGUAAGAUCCUGUGAUUGUAGCAAAUGUGGAAAAUGUUUACCCGAAGGUCUGCUCUCCUUGGACAUUGGAGAGUUCACACUAGAGAAGAGUCCUUAUAAGUAAAAUAAAUUUGGGCAGUUUUAUAGCCACACCUCUGUAUUCCUUCAGGAUUAUAGUUAACACUGAAUGCCUUACUAGUGUGACAAAUAUAGGAUAUUUCCAGAAGUCUGGCUUCAUAAUUCACAGGAUAACUGUCGUAGGAAGAUUGCUUGAACCUGGGAGGCAGAGGUUGCACUGAGCCGAGAUCGCAACACUGCAGUCUAGCCUGGGUGACAGAGACCCUGUCUCUGUCUAAAAUAAAGAUAUAAAUGAUGUCCAAUAAAGUAUGCAUAUUUGAGCUGUA